AUGGGAUCCAUCCAGGAGAAAGCACCCAACGAUGUCAGCCAGCGGCCAAACUGGGUUCCUUUGUUGGACACUCCGGUCCUGACCAGAAGAAAGCUGAGGAUCGUCUGUAUCGGUGCUGGGUUCUCGGGCCUCACGCUGGCACACAAGAUCCAGCAUGAGUUGAAGCUCGAGGAUGUCAUCGACCUUCAGAUUUAUGAGAAGAACGCCGACGUCGGGGGGACCUGGUACGAGAACACGUAUCCCGGUGCCGCGUGUGAUAUCCCAGCUCAUGCCUACACCUUCUUGUUUGAGCCCAACCCGGACUGGACGCAGUUCUACCCUGCCCAGCCCGAGAUUCACGCCUACAUCAAGGCAACCGUUGCCAAGUACAACCUGGACAAAUACGUCACGCUCAAGUCCAGAAUCUUGGAGACGAUCUGGGAUGAUGAAGUGGGACAGUGGAAGAUCAAGGUCGACGCGAAUGGAGCCAUACAGGAGGACACCGCUGAUAUCCUGAUCAAUGGCACCGGGUUUCUGAACAAAUGGAAAUGGCCCGCGAUUCCUGGCCUACAUGACUUUAAAGGCAAACUCGUCCACAGCGCCAAUUGGGACAAGGACUACUCGUGGGAGGGCAAGAAAGUGGCCGUGAUUGGCAACGGGUCCUCGGGCAUCCAGAUCGUGCCGGCCAUGCAGCCAAAAGUGUCGAAACUCGUCACCUACAUCCGGAAUCCCAGCUGGAUCUCGAUCAAUUUCUGCGCCGACAAGACCAUCGACGGCAGGAACUUUACGUAUACAGAGGAGCAACGAAAGGCGUUUAGAGAGAACCCCGAAUCCCACUUUACGCUACGCAAGGAGUUGGAAGCGUCGGUCAACGGGUUCUUCUUUGGGAUGAAGACGGGACAUCCAUUCCAGCAAGGUCUCGAGGCUGCGUGUAAAGCUCAGAUGAGCGCCAUCCUCAAGGACCACCCUGAGAUGGCGGACAAAUUGAUCCCCAGCUUCCACCCUGGCUGCCGUCGUCUGACACCUGGUGAUGGAUACCUGGAAGCUCUUCAACAACCCAACGCGAGCAUCAACUGGGGUCCCAUCACUCGAAUCACCGCCAAGGGAAUCGAGACGGCAGAAGGCGAAGAAGAGUUCGACAUGAUAGUCUGCGCCACGGGCUUUGAUACCAGUUUCAUCCCGUCGUGGAAACUCGUCGGGCUCAACGGGGCGACGCUAGACGAGAGAUGGAAGACCGACCCCGAGGCCUUUUUCGCCGUCCAGGUCGACACCAUGCCCAACUACUACAUGUUCAACGGACCCAACUGUCCCAUCUCACAUGGCUCGGUCCUGACCGAGAUUUCUUGGACCUGCGACUAUAUCCUCCGCUGGGCGGAGAAGAUUGCCACCCAAGAUAUCAAAUCCAUCACGCCAAAGGCUGAAGCGGUCGCCGACUUCAACACCUACUCCCAAGAGUUCCUCAAGUCCAUGGUGUGGGCAGACAACUGCCGUUCCUGGUACAAGAACGGCAAGGAGAGUGGCACCGUCACCGGCACGUACGCUGGGACCAUUUUGCACUUUAAGGACUGUCUGGAGAGUCUGGGCGGCGAGCAUUUCGACGUCGUGUGGCGGAGCAAGAACCGGUUCCGAUGGUUGGGCAACGGGCAGAGCAAGUGGGAUAAAGACGGCAUGGGAGAUUUGGCGUAUUACAUGAAGAGACUCUGA